UUUUCUCUCUGUGUAUGGACCUAGAAGGGACCUCAUAGCCUCUAGAACAUAAAGACUCAGGUCUUGCCUCCCAGGUUUGAAGCUGGCUCCACGGGGGACACGGUGACAUGAGGGGCACCUUAUUGAUCCAUCUUCUGGCCACUUCCUCCCUCUGCCUCCUCUCAAUGGUGUGCGCCCAGCUGUGCCCAACACCCUGUACCUGUCCCUGGACACCACCCCGGUGCCCACUGGGGGUAACCCUCGUGUUGGACGGCUGUGGCUGCUGUCGAGUGUGUGCACGGCGGCUGGGGGAGUACUGCGACCACCUGCAUGUCUGCGACCCCAGCCAGGGCCUGGUUUGUCAGCCUGGGUCAGGCCCUGGUGGCCAGGGGGCCGUGUGCCUCUUGGAAGAGGAGGAUGGAGGCUGUGAGGUGAAUGGCCACAGGUACCUGUACGGGGAGACCUUUCAGCCCAAUUGCAGGGUCCUCUGCCGCUGUGAUGACGGUGGCUUCACCUGCCUCCCACUGUGCAGUGAGGAUGUGCGGCUGCCCAGCUGGGACUGCCCACACCCCAGGAGAGUAGAGGUGCCUGGAAGGUGCUGCCCUGAGUGGGUGUGUGACCAGGGAGUGACGCCGGGGAUCCCGCCUUCCACGGCCCGAGGACACCAACUUUCUGCCCUUGUCACUCCUGUAUCAGCUGAUGUCCCCUGUCCCGAAUGGAGCACUGCCUGGGGCCCCUGCUCAACCACCUGUGGCCUGGGCGUAGCCACUCGCGUAUCCAACCAGAAUCGAUUCUGCCAACUGGAGAUCCAGCGGCGCCUGUGUCUUCCCAGACCCUGCCUGGCAGCCAGAGCUCGCAGCUCAUGGAACAGCGCCUUCUAG